UUCUCCAUAUGGGCCUGAUUGCAACUGCUUCUCUGUGUGUACCUGUGUGGGUGUCCGUCUGUAUGUGCGCCUCUGUGUGUGGGUAUAUUUCUGAGUGUGUACCAGUGCGUACGUCUCUAAGCAUGAACUUGAGUAUACUUCUGUGCGUUUCUAAUGCGGGCUCCGUGGACCUAUGUGUGGGCCCGUGUGUAGGUGCCUAUGUGGCUGUCCCUGGGUCUGUGUGCACUUCAUGGAGGUAAGGCGACAGUCCAUUCAUUUUAACUGUCUCCUCUAAAGUGGGUGAAGGGAACAUUUGAUCACUUUACUGUCCUCUAUGGAGUUUCUAGAGGUUCUGCCAGCAGCCAGUGAAAUGUGAGAGACUUUCAGAGAGAGAGCAAAGGGAAGCAGAGAUGGGGAGAAUCCACGGGGAAACACUAAGAGCUCAGAUCAGCAGCAGUGGCCUGUCUGCUCAGUUCUGAGCCACAGGGCUUGGGUUUUUUAAAUAAACUUUUCUUUCUACUUCACACACUCCUCCCCAGCCAUGAUGAGAACCAAGCACAACCCAAGCCCUCGCAUCAGCCUGUGACAUUGCCCGAGAGGACGAGCAGUGUGACAGCCGUGGGCAGCGCGAGCGCCAGGCGGGCUGGAGGGCCGUUUGGGGGGGCUUGGAGCUGCGGUGCGGCUCAGCUGACCAUCAGCCCGGCGGCCUCGGCCCAGCCUGUGAGAUGCCAUUCACUAAAUCCUGCUUUCUGACCAGUGUUGCCUGGUGCCCACUGGCCCCAUCUUUUGGAUCCGCUGCUCCGCUAGAAGUUCUGGCCCGGGAGCCAGCAUGAGGGGACAGUCACCUCCUGGGAAGCCCAAGAUCUCGAAAUGCCGCUCCACCGAAAAGGAGACCUUCUCAUGCUGGUGGAAGCCGGGGCCGGACGGAGGACUUCCCACCAACUACACGCUCACCUACCGCAAGGAAGGCCUGUAUCACCUCACUUCAUCAGAAGGAAAUCCGUUCAUCUAUGAAUGUCCAGACUACAAAACCAGUGGCCCCAACUCCUGUUACUUUGACAAGAAGCACACCUCCAUUUGGACAAUGUACGUCAUCACAGUAAACGCCACAAACCAGAUGGGAAGCAACUCCUCAGAUCCGCAUUAUGUGGAUGUGACUUACAUAGUUGAACCAGACCCUCCAAUAAACCUGAUUUUGGAAGUAAAACAUCCAGAAGACCAAAAACCGUACCUGUGGAUAAAAUGGUUUCCACCUGCCCAGGUCGACGUAAGAUCCGGCUGGCUCACACUACAAUACGAAAUUCGAUUAAAGCCUGAAAAAGCAAAUGAGUGGGAGGUUCAUUUCACUGGGCAGCAAACUCAGUUUAAGAUUUUCAGCUUAUAUCCAGGAAAGAAAUACCUUGUCCAGGUUCGCUGCAAGCCAGACCACGGAUUCUGGAGUGAGUGGGGCCCAGAAGGCUCCAUUCACAUACCUGAUGAUUCCACCAAUACAGACACCACCGUGUGGAUCUUUGUGGCUGUGCUUUCUGUUGUCGUCUGUCUGAUUAUGGUCUGGGCAGUGGCUAUGAAGGGCUAUAGCAUGCUGACCUGCGUCUUUCCACCAGUUCCUGGGCCAAAAAUAAAAGGACUGGAUAUUCAUCUGCUGGAGAGGGGCAAGUCUGAAGAACUGCUGAGUGCCCUGGGGUGCCAGGACUUCCCCUCUGACUGUGAGGACUUGCUGGUGGAGCUGUUAGAAGUCGUUGACAGCGAGAACCAGCAACCGGUGCAAGUCCAUUCAAAAGAACACCCCGAUCCAGGGCUGAAGCCCACACCCCUGGACCCCGACAGUGACUCUGGCCAAGGCAGCUGUGACAGCCCUUCCCUUUUGUCCAACAAUCGUGAGGGGUCCCAGGAAAGUCCCUCCACAGUCCACACUCCUGGGGGCAUUAAGGAGCCAGAGAACCCUGAAGGAAAUGGUGCCCACACCUGGGACUCUCAGAGCACCAGCGUGGAAGGCCGAGUCCCCAGUGUCUGUGCUGAUGGACCCAAAUCUUCAACAUGGCCUUCAUCGCAGCCCCCCAACCAGCACAACCCCAGAUCGUCUUACCACAGCAUCGCUGAUGUGUGUAAGCUGGACCCGGGCACGGCAGGUUCCUCUGCCACCGUGUUGGACAAAACAGACAAGUGUGCUCUAACGUCUUUGGAAACCACUGAGACUGGCGGGGAGGAGAAGGCAGCCGAGCAGAGGGGGGUGAAAAGCUUCCAUGCCAAGACUGACCCAGACACCCCGUGGCUACUGCCCCAGGAGGACACCUCCGUUAUCUCUGCUAAACCCUUGGAUUACGUGGAGAUUCACAAGGUCAACAAAGAUGGAGCAUUGUCAUUGUUCCCCAAACAAGAAGAGAACGGCAACCAGGCAGAGAAGGCCGGCGCUCCUAAGACCAGCAAGGAGUACGCGAAGGUGGCCGGGGUGGUGGAGAGCAGCAUCCUGGUGCUGGUGCAGGACCCGCCCGCCCCCGACCUGGCUUUGUUUGAAGAACCAGCCGAGGAAGCCCCACCCUCCUUGCCACAGAAUCAAGAGGAGAAAGACCUGGCCGCCUUCGCCAUGACAUCGAGCAACUGCAGACUGGGGGGGCUGGAUUACCUCGACCCCGCGUGCUUAAAGCACUCUUUCCAGUGACGGCUUGAUCUUUGGCAUGGUUGGUUAAAAUGUGAUUUUUCUUCAGGUACUGCUACAGCGCACAUGAAAUGUCCUCUCCUAGAGAAUGUUCGAGAAUGGGGUUCGAAUGACACUACUAAAACUCACAGUUCACUCUUCUUCAUGCUCCAUUUUCAACCAGUGGCCUCUUUUUCCAACAGCUGAUUCCGGAUUGGAUCAUUUUGUUUCCUGUGAUUUGCUGAUCUAGUGUUUGUUUUUAGUUAUAAAAUCGUAUGUUCAAUGCACUAGAAGUGCACUGCUUAGUAUUCCUGAGGGACUGUGCCAAUAGGUAAAGCCUCCGGAAAAGGCGCCCAUGGCUGGGCAUAGGACAGGAGGAAAUGAAGGAGUUAGCAUAGCCCAGCGCAGGACGAUGAUAGAUGAGAGAAGAAUGCCAUGUAAGCUGCUUUUGAAAACCAGUUGCUUAUCCUUUGCACUCCUCUCCUAUUUUAUUGAGAUUAACCAAAUAUAACACAUUACACGAAAGGAUGCAUUCCGGAACCGACACGUCAUUUACAUCACUUCCUGUUACCUUAGUGACACGUUGCUGACAUGCAAGUAAAAAUCAUGCCUCCAUUUCUUUUUCUUGAAAUAGUUGGAAUCAGGUAAGCCUGGAUUCCCCUCUCCCAAAUUGUAUUUCAUCCUAAAGCCUCUAGAAAAUAUAGUUUUGGAGAGAGAUUUUCUCACACAGGAGGCAAGUGAAUUUGACGUGAUGGAUCCUCCUAAAACGGUUUCCUGCUUCAUUUCAACACAACAGAUAAUUUAUUAUACACCCUAGUCUUCUCUUAGUGGAAAAAAAAAAUCCCCAAAGACUAACUUUAAUUUCAAAGAUAAUCACAGCGGGAUGGUCAUGGAGAUACUGCCUUACUGUACAUACAGAUUCUACUUUACUACAGACCCGUAAGUUUAACAAUGUAUUUUUGAAGACUAUUUUUCUACCACUUAGGUAAAGUAAAUGAGUAUUUUCUAUCUUCCCAGUACAGCUGUUUACGUAGUCAGAGGGUACAGUCUUUUCUGCUGAGGCUGCAGGGAGCAUUUACAGUCCAUAAUAGUAUACGCAGUCCCUAUUUGUGGAGCAAAUGCCAUACCAACCAAAGCCCACUGAGGAGUGUGAGGUGGGUGACAAAAUUCAAUUUCCAAUACAGCAUAGUAUAGUUUACCUGAUUCUUUUAUCUCCAGAUACACUAACCAACAAUCACCAAUAGUGUGUUAGGACUCUCCACACACAGAAAUUUUUUCUCCUGUAAUUUAGGGCUAAUCUGGGGCUCCUGCUCUUCUCUGGGUGAAUAUUCUAGAAGUCAUCAUGAAAAAGGAGGGUGGUGACAUCCAGCAUACUGUUUUAGAGAGAGAGUUUUGUUUUGCUUUGUUUUUCUGAGCAAUCUAGGACAGCAAAGAUAUUUUCAGCAAAGCCAUGAGUUAGUUAUCUCUCUGGAGUAGAUCCAUUUGCAAAAUCUUGGCAGAGACAACAUUCACGUCAGAAGUUUCCAAAUAAAUGGUUUGAGAAACAGCACCUGUGGAGUGGUGGGCACAGCUACAAAGACCAGGGUCUGGUAGUAAGAAUCUCUGAGUCAGUGCCAGGGGCAGGCUCCCCAGAAGGAUCAGAAGCCUGGAUCUCCAUCUUAAAGAGAGCUUCCAUAACUCAUGAGCUGCCUCCCUCUCUUGUUUAUUCCACCUGAUGGCAAAUCCUUUCUCUCUGUCCACUCCCCAGCUGGGCUUAGAGAAUCUGAGCUCACCUCUGUGAGUUAAGUAUUCCACCCAACAAGCCCAUGUUGAUGGGAACUGGAGGCAGAGGUGACCUGAUGGUAGAAAGCGAAUACACUGUCCUGGCGUCCAGAUUGCAGAAAUAAUAGACCUGAGGCUCUGUUCUCCCAAUACAUCAACAUCGUAAGGGUACGCGGAACAUUUGGAAAAGUUGUCCCCAAGUUCAUUCAGCCUCCUAGAUCCGUGGUCAGCAAACUGCGGCUCGCGAGCCACAUGCGGCUCUUUGGCCCCUUGAGUGUGGCUCUUCCUAAGCCUUAGGAGUACCCUAAUUAAGUUAAUAACAGUGUACCUACCUAUAUAGUUUAAGUUUAAAAAAUUUGGCUCUCAAAAGAAAUUUCAAUCGUUGUACUAUUGAUAUUUGGCUCUGUUGACUAAUGAGUUUGCCGACCACUAUCCUAGAUCCUUGCUACUUAAAGUCUGGCCUGAGGACCAGCUGUGUCAUCAUCACCUGAGCUCUGCAUGGAAAUGCAGACCUCAGUCUCCCUGGCCCAGAACUACAGAGUCAGAACCUGCAUUUGACUAAGUUCCCCAGGUGACCCCUGUGGGUAAUGAAGUUUGAGAAGUACCGCCCUCCAUGAUCACUUCUCCUAAAGGCUGUUUUAGCACAUGGAAACUCCUCUCUCGGAAAGUACAAGUCAAGUCUGUUUGACUUUCACUGGACAACACUGUGUGUAAGGAGAAGGCAUAAUUUUUUAAGAUCUAUCUGUACUUUAAGAUUCACAUGAUGGCACAGAAUGACCUGCGAAAGUACACACAACUUCUAAGAGGGCCAAGGGAUAUAGUCCACCUUGAGUAGCAUUGACCAAGACUCUGCCCUUCAAAGCCAAUGCAGACUAAAAUGUUCCCCAAAUAGGCCAUUGUUCUCCAAGAUGUAUAUCAAUCACUCUGGUAGCUUGCAAAUUAAAAAAUAAUCUGAUUUUGGUAUUCAUGAAGAAAUGUUAUGGGUAAAGAGUCAACUUGAACUGAAUUCCUAUAAAAACACCAAUUAGCCACUCACUAAGUCAAGCCAAGACUAUAUUUCUUUGUCAGUUAGGACUCGUAUUUGAAUUUAAGUGUUUUUUUCCCAUGGGUAGAAUAUUUUCUAUCUAGGAAACAGCUAGUCGGAUGGAAAGAUGCAGGUUGUGGGUCAAGAGUCCCAGGCUCUAGUCCUAACUAUGUCACAUUGAACAGAUCAAUUCCCUUCUCUGGGCCCCAGUUUCCUCUGAAAGAAAUAUUGGUCCAAAUAAAUUCUAAUGUCCUUUCAAACUCCAACUCCCUGAUUCCAUGACUCACUAUUUUCUAGCCAAGAUAAUUUAACCAAUAAAUGCCUUGUAUCUUGCUGACAACUAAUUGCCCUUCACCGUAGGAGUGCAAGUACCUUCAAUGAUGUGCGGAUGGUUCCCUUUUUGAUCAUCAGUUCCAAUUGGUCCUAACAUACCGCACUGUGUAUUUUAUAAAUUACGUAGGUACAGAAUCAUAGUCUCAGAUUGUGUGCAAAUAUGUGUGUAGCGAGAAGAAGAGGCAUGAGAUUUUUUAAAAAGACAUUUUGAAUGUGGCUCUACUCUUUAGAAAAACGAUCUUUUGCUGAAUCAAGCCAUGCUUACUUCUUGCUGAGUCCAGCAGCCCCACAUCCCCUUUCUUACAGCUGGCUGCUGAUUCUGGCAUUCUUUUCUCUCUCCUAGAUUACCAACCAACAUUGCACAGUUGGUGUAAUUUUCUGAAUUAUGAAAAGUCGCAUUUUAUAAACAAAAGCCUAAAUAUUCAUGUUACGAAGCACAUGGAAAAGGGAUAGCCAUUGGGUGAUAUAGGGAAGCCUAUGGCCCAAACUGCAAAUGUGCUGUGGUCGGUUUUUACAAAUGGGUAUUAGGCACCUCAACAUGAGCACAAGUUCUUCUCAGCCAUGUCAUUGACACUUAGCUGACUCUUCUUUCUCCUAAGUGCCUCAGGCCAACCCUGGUUGGCAGUUAUGGAUUGAAAACUUGCCUUCACCGGUUUAGGUCCAUCUCUUAGCACCUGUGCAAGCCAAGGAGUUUGACUGCUUUUCCCAUGGUGACCCAACUGAAUCAGAGAGUCCUGAGAGUUAAGGGGCGGCUGGAGGCUGUGGAGGAAAUCUGGCUCUUUCGCUGGCUGCCCGCGGCUGCCCAUCGCUUCCAGAAAGACGUGGCCCUGCCUUCAGAAACUUCCCUAUCUCCUUAGAGUAGACGAGAAAGAAACAGAUUUGUACGCAUUCUACAAAGUGCCUUUCUUUACUUUUAUAUUUUUUUAAUGUUUCCUUUUCACAAAAAGUGUAUUGAUUGGAAAGUAAACUUUCCUUUUUUUAUGUAAAUGAAUGAAGAGGCCAGAAUGGAAUGAUGAAAUGGUCUAAAGUCCAACCAGCAACUGCUCAGAGGCUGUUUAAAUUUAUAGUGUAACUGAAUGACCACUGAGUCGAUGUGAAUCCUGUGACUUCCUUUGAUAAGCAGUUGACUCUGGCUAGGGUGUAGGGAGUCAGCCUGCCUCCCCCAGUCUUCAGCUUACAAGCACAUUGAUGCCCUUAUGAAAGGCUGUGAAUUGCGUGCCUGGCCCUGAAAAGGCAAUGCACACACAAUGGAACUGUGCACAGACAAGAGAAUGUGAAGGACUCUAGGUUACCCCCCCGUGCUGGCUCAUGCAGACUUGCCAUUGAUAAAGACGCCAUGUGUACGUCAGUGAACAUAUCUCCUUUUCUGCCUUUCAGCUGCGGCACAAUUGUGUUGUUGCUAGGGUAGCGGUUGAGCGUUCAGUUUCCAGGUCUAGGGCACAUUGCUGCCACUAAACAGGCUGUUGACUUGAUGCAAAUCCUUUGAACUCUAGCCACCAUUUUCCUCACCUAUUAAAUAUGUAGGUUGGCCUAAAAUCUUUCAAAGACCGUGUUACAACUCUAACCGUCUCUGACUUUCAUGAUCUAAGUAAAAUCUAGGGUUUCUGGUGAAAGGCCCAAGUACAAUCAGAGAAACAUUGUUGCUGUGCCCUUAACCUGAAGCAGUGAACAGUGUGGCUGGAGCAAUGUUUGAGAGAAAAAUAGAGAUCCAUCCCUCCCAGUCAGAUGGACUUGAUUUAGCAUCCUUGCUUCUCUUCGUGAUUGUCCAUACUUGUAGGCUCUUUCUUCUCUCGCUGCAGGGCCUAUAGUUACUCAUGGCUGUAGCAACUUUAAGAACUGCAAAAAAAAAACCUGAAUUAUCCCUAAACAAUGACAAUGGCCCUGCAAAAGACUGAGUCAGGUGUUGUCAGCCACCCAGCCAUCAAGGCCCAGGUUGAGGGUCAUAAGUAACCUAAGUUGGAGAUUUGCAUGCUUAGAGAUUCUAGCUCUAUUCAUUAAUUACUAAAGUAACUCAAAAGCCAUUCAUAAAUCCAAGCGACAUUGACAGCUCGGUCCUAGAGGUCUUAAACAGAAACUUAACGCUAUAGAAUGAUUGCUGAGGGCUGGUGGUCUCACCAGGAGUUCUAUGUCUAAGUAUGGCUUGGAUGUGUCCCACGAUGUGUGAAUCAAGUGGGAGCUCUCUCCUCAGACUGGUGUUUUUCAGGAAGGUGGUUUUUGGCCUGAGAUCCUCAUAGCAUCUAUUUCAAAGAAAGGAAAAAGAUCGAAAAUAGAACAUUUUCAGAGGUUUGGGCAUCUCGGGAGUCCAUUAAAUGCUAAACCCAAAUUUUAUGAAACCUGGUGAAUCCAUAAUCUAUUCAGUGUUCUGAAUUGAGAUGUACAUAACUCACAACACCAUAGGCCCAUGGAUUCCUUUGACCUCUGCUCUGAUUUCAAGUCAGGAUGAGCUGAGACGUGCAGAGUGGUAAAACAUAUCUUAUUCAUAUGACGUGGCCAAUGAAUAGAGAGAGACCUUGGAUAGUCUUAGUCUAUUAGUUAAGUUUCACCUGCUUCUGAUUAAACAGAAAAAACAAUUAACUCACAAAACUUUGGCUACGGAAGUAGUAAUAACAAAAAUAAUAUUUAAUAGCUGUGGUCAAAUUAUGCGUCACCUGGAUAAACUUCAAAAUAUAGUCUGAGUUUUUCCAUGCAAAUUUCACAAGUCCUGGAGGGAAAGAAAGCAUUUUUUUGUUAUGCUAUCUGAAAUUGGAAAACUACAUGGCAGAGAUACUUCUGAGAAAUAAUUUGUUUUGUAAAAUUCCUGAUGAAAUGGUUUUUUAAUUUUUCAAAAUAACUACCUCCCCUUCUUGUCCUAAUGUCCUUUCUUCAAAGCUGCUUAUUGUUAGAACGAAGGGUGUCACGUCUCAUGCUUCAACUCUUUUUCAGUGGUAUAUUUGUUGUAUUUGCCAGGUGAUAUUCCUGACUUUAAAGCAACUAUUAUAUUAUUUUACAUUGUCAUGCUUUAUGUGGUUCAAAAACCCUAAGACACAUUGAAAUACUAGUGUAUAGUCAAUCCUCAUGUUGUGAAACUCAUGUUACACAAACAAAAAUAAUUAUUUAAUGACUUACAAUCUAUUCAUAUGUAGUUUCAAUAUGAUUGUGUCUGUGUCUGUAAAACAAAACUGAAGGAAAUAUGUAAUCAUACAAUUCUGUUGAAACCGUGACUACACUAAUUUUUUUCUUAAUCUUUGUGUAGAAGUAGUAUAAUAUGCCAUUUGUACAGCUGAGCUGGGCUGUUAAGUGUUUAAAGUACAACCAACAAUUGUUUGAAAGUCAACCAAGCCCUCAGCUUUGCUUCGCGUGACCUCUGAUGCUUCUUGAGUGUUACUUGCAUCAUGGGGCCUGCUUUUGUGCUUGAUCGUUCAUUUUUUUUUAAAUUUCAGAGUCUCGUGUGGAAACCAAAGCAAUGUUGAAGCAGCCUGUGUCUUCUGUAAAGCCAUAUUGAAGUAAAGACUGUGUAAUAGCAUAAAGUUCCAUAUUUUCAAAGCUACCACUACCUCUGCUUUGUCUCUUUCCUAGAAAAUGCCAAGCAGAAUUCUUCACCAUUAAGUGGAAAACUAGAAGCCAUUGUUACAAAAGCUGUUGGACAGUUGUGUUUGUUUGUUUGCUUGUUUUUACAUGAGACAACACCUUCUAAUUCACCAUUUUGCAGGUUUAUGCUAGGUUGUCUCAAGAGCCAUUUCUACAUCUACUAAAAACUGGAUGAUGAAUAAGGACCAGAAAGAACACAUAGUCACUGAUGAAAAACCAAUAAAACCAGAGAGCAGACUUGUUUCCUAACCAUAAAUCACCUGUUGCCCAAAGUCAUGAUGAUGUUAUCUCUCAGUUUGAUUUCCCCAAUUCCACGUAGAAAUAAGUCUUUUCCUUAUUUGAUUUUAGACAUCAAAUAUAUUAUGGUAUGGGAAAAGUCAAUCAUAUAUCAUAACUAAUCUUGUUUCAAUUUUUAAAAUUUAUUUAUACAUGUACUUAUUAUAAUGAUGAUUUUUUUCUUUUUAGCCUUAAAGAAUUAUAGAUGAUAAUCAUCCAAUUUAUCCUGCAUUUUUAAUUCUGUAAAUCUUUGGUUAUUGAACCUUGUGCUUUCUGUUUUUCCAUGGAUUUACUCCUUUGUCUCUUUCCAUUUUGAGGAGACACCGUGGACAGUUACAUCUUUGUCAAUCGUAUGGGAGAUUAUGCUAACUGCUGUUACCCUAACAUCUUCAUCUUUUUUUGCACGCCAGAAACAAUGCUUGUCAAACAAAAUCGUAGACGUCCCAGUACAAUACGGUCAUUAUAUUUCUAUUCAUGUUAUUGAAAAUUCCCAGCUCAGUGCCUGGCUCAAUAAAUGUUUAUUUCCCUUGCCUA